UCCCGAUCUUCCAUCCCCAAUGCCGACAUCUCAACCUCACAUAACCAUUCGGACCGGCCUGAGCAACAUGGGCUCGCCUACAGAGGCUGCUCCGCCUGGCGAAGAUUCGCAGAAGAUAAAACGCGCCCAAAAAGCAUGCUUGAAUUGUAGGAAGAGAAAAAGCAGAUGUUUACUCGACCAAGGCGGGGAAAUUCCGUGUCUUCGAUGCAAAAAAGAAAAUCGAGAAUGCGUGCUGGGUGGCAGUAACCGAGGCGGGCGACGAGUGCGUCGGAAAACGGUACCAUCGCUGUCGACCUUUGCACAAGAAGAGAAUAGCUUUCCCCUGGGAAAUGUCGGGACAACUCCCUGGGUUCGAGUGGAUUCAGAAAGCGUGCAACAACAACAGCAUCAGCAGCCGCCCGCAUCUGAUAGUCAAUUGCCGCGCUCCCAAUCGCCAAAUUCCGAGAUCCAGUUCGGCUACCUGCAAAAUCCCUCUGAUGCCCUGGGUAUACUAGCUAGAGUCGCUGAGUCGAGUUCAGAAGAGACGGGAUCGAGUGCAAAUGGCCAUCCACAAGGUCCCCAUAACAUGUCGGGCACGCAGCCACUAGUGUCGUUGAACAUACCAUACGCUUUGCUCAGCAACGGAAGCCUCACGUUGCCAAUUCUACAUAACCUUCUGGCACGCUACAAAGAAAACUACCAUCCGUAUUAUCCACUUGUCCCAGCAGCGACGUUCGAUACAUCCCGACUCGCUGUUACGGCAAAGAAGGAACCGCAUCUCCUGACCGCAGUUCUUCUGAUCUCUUCGAAAGACUUGUCUGAAGAGCCUCACAUAUAUGAAGCAUGUGCGACACAUAUGAAAAGUUUGGUGUCUGAUCUUGCUGCCGGGGGUGAUGCAGAUGUCGAGGCUGUAGAGGCACUUCUCAUACUUGCUGAAUGGGCCCCAUAUACGCAACGGCGCUCAGGCAAAGUUGGAAAGGGUGAAGAAGACAAAGAAAGCUGGAUGCAUGUAGGUCUUGCAUUAAGAAUCGCCUAUUUCUUAGCCCUUGACAAGUACUCUUUCCGAUAUGUUGAUCAAGGCAAAGAUCCCCAGCACAGUCGGAAGCGGCUGCUAUGGACGGCAGCAUACGUAUCAGAUCGACACAUAUCAAUACGGAUAGGCAAGGCAUUUUGGUCGCGAGGACCAGGUCCACUUACGACUCUUAGACGGGAAGAUUAUCCAUCGCUGAUGCCGAGUGGCCCCAAUGAAGAAGACUACGCAAGUAUCUUCCAAGCUAAUUUGGAACUCACUCAACUUUUCAGCAACGUUCAUGAUGUUUUAUACUCAAAUCCCGGAUCGAGCUUCCGCACACAUAUGAGUGGCAGCUACAUCAAAUUUAUUGACGACUUCCGCUCUGCCAUUUACGGAUGGAAAAGUGUCUGGGGCACCUUAACCUGCUCUCCAUCCCUCAAAGCAUGUCUCCUAAUGUCCUACGACUACCUCCGCCUCUACAUCAACGCAUUCGCCUUCCAAGCCACCAUCCUCCGCGCCCUCCCUCCCUCCAACCAAUCCACCGACCCCCCAUUGCAAAACCCAACCCCCGCGGGACCAGGCAUGCAAGUCCCUCAACGCGUCUUCGCCAACAACGUCGGCGCCGUAGGAGACGUCCGCUUCAUCUACGAAGGCCUCGACGCCGCGAAAGCGAUCCUAACAACCGCAAACCACUUCGUCGACCCAGAAAAAGCACUCCGCUACAUGCCGUUACGAUACUACCUCUACCUCGUCUAUGCAGGCGUCUUCCUCUACCGUGCACGUUGCACCGGCGUCAUCAGCACCGACGAAGACCGCGCCAUCCGCGCCAUGAUCAACGAAACCGUUUCGCGCCUCCGCCGCUCCAGCGUCGCCGCCGACACAGGCAUCCAGCACCCCGGCAACAGAUACAGCCAGCUCCUCGAGCUCCUCUGGGCCAAAGUCCCCAGAAAAGAUAAACCAUCCCGUCAUAGCUUCCGUCAUCCAGGAACACACAUCGCGAGUACACCGCUCGACGUCCCGGGGUAUGGCGGAGCUGCGACUCCGGGCGCGGGGAUCCCCGCUACGUCGCCUUCGCAUGCUACGUCUACGACUACGGGCGAGAGUCCCGCGAUGACGGAGCAGAUGGGGGAUUUUGGGUGGACGGAUCUUAGUGCUGUUGGUGACUUUGCGAUGAAUGGUGGGGCUGCAGCGGGAGCGGGUGCUGGUGCGAAUGGGAAUGCCGAGGAGGCUGCGCUUUGGUCGGGGUUUUUGCCGCUCGAUAUGGGGUGGAGUUCUGCUCUUGCCGGUGGGGGGACGGGGUUGAGCUGGGAUGGCAUGGGCAUGGAUGGGAGUGGAUUGGGGAUGGCCUUCUGA